UAAUUGUAAGCAAAAUAAACAAAGCUAGAAAAAAGGAAAACAUUUUUUUUGGGGUUUAAGAGAGAAAAGAGGUUUUCUGCAUCUAUUACGUUCGUAACACAACAAUUGCAGUGUACUUCUAUACACAACCCUGCAAUGGUUUCUACGGCAACGUGGCUUCGCUACCUUGUUUCCAAAACUCAAUUCACCCUCGCCACCGGCUUCAAGAACUAUAAAGGAGGUCAUCUCAAAGACAAUGAGCUAUCAGAUUUUAUCUGGAAGCACUUCCUUCAUGGAAAAAUGACCUUCUUGCACUGGAAUAAAGGAGAGGAGAUGGCCCCUACUAUUGCUGGAAAUGGAGCAACUCUUCUUGUUCGGAGAAUACCAAUUCCAGACCCAACACAUGUUUAUGUAGGAGAUGUUGUGGUCUUGAAGAACCCUGAAAAGCCAGAUGACUACCUAGUCAGAAGAUUAGCUGCGACUGAAGGUUAUGAAAUGGCUUCUACUGAUGAAAAGGAUGAACCAUUUGUUCUUGAGAAAGAUCAAUGUUGGGUAGUGGCUGAAAAUGAAAAAUUGAAAGUCAAGGAAGCAAUUGAUAGUCGAACAUUUGGUCCAGUUCACAUGACCAACAUUGUAGGCAGAGUCCUUUACUGCCUGCGAAGUGCUGUAGACCAUGGCCGUGUACAGAACAGUCAUUUCAGCAUGCGAAAGGAUUCACCAGUGUUGGAAGUGGAACUUGAUGUUGAUGAAAUGGCAAAAAGUCACAAAGCCUGAACUUUAGUUCCGAGAAGCCUUAACUUCUUGAAUUUACCUAUGCCUUUGUUUCUUCUUAUGGAUUUUAUUUGAAGUAAGGAUGAUGAAUAAAAAUAUAAAUGAUUUUUAAAUUUGUUGCUAUGGCAUAGUGGUGUUAUGUGGAUGUCCUUAGAUAAAUCUGCAUAUUAGACAAUUGAUUGACACUUUUCCGAACCGGAAAAUUAGAAGCGGCCUGUGUUAAAGCUUGAGUUCAACAUUGUUGUAAGCUGAAGUUCUGGCAAAGGACUCCUCUUCCUCUUGUUCUAUUUGUAAGUCAUUUGGCUCUAAACUGUGUUGACCGAAUUUUGGUCAUUGUUGAUGGUUGACGAUGAUAUAAAAAGCCACAUUGUGAGAAAA